AUGCUUUUCACCACCGCAUCCGCCCUCGCAGCCACCCUGUUUGCGGGUCUGGUGUCUUCCCAGACCCCUGUUGGCUUUACUCCAGCUGUGGAAGCCAAAUUGGAAGUCAUAUACGGCACAAAAGCGACCAUCGAACCCGGAACAAGAUUCACCAAAACAGAGACUGCACGACAACCCACCAUUGGCACCAGCGAUGUCGCGCUGAAUGGCACAUAUGUCUGGCUUCUCAUUGCCCCCAACAGCCCCUCCAACUUCCAAAACCCCUCCUCCGGCCCCCGCCGCACCAACCUCCACGCCCUCAUCACGGGCUUCAAAUUCUCCGGGCAGACUGUCUCUGUUGCCGGCGUCAGCAACCCAAUCUACACCCUGACAUCCUCCUCCACCGGGCCCAUCACCUACGUCGGUCCUUCGCCUCCAGCAGAAAACCCCCCUUACGCCCACAAAUACGUCAGCCUGUUGUACGAGACUCCAGAAGGCUUCACCGUGGCAAGGCAGCAAGUAGGACAGACAUUCGGCUUCAACUUGACCACAUUCGUCGACACUGUUGGGUUGACAGCCGCGCCAGUGAGGGCGAGUUAUAUCAGUGUAGCUGCAUAG